GGUAUUCUGUAUAAUUACCAAAAAUAUUUGAUAAAAAGAGUACGAUCUUAUGAUCACUUAUAAUAGAAACGAAGUACUUUAAUAUAAGAUACUAUAAGACGGAAGACUAUGACUAGGCAAAUGAUGCAACGGAUGAUUGUGAAUCUUCUGCUGAAAGCUCAGUCACCGCCUUUUUUGAAACCGACUCUAUUGCUAUAUAUGAACGGUUCACCCUUUGUCAAAGCCGUUUUGCAGAGUAGAAUGCUGUGUAAGCAUGUAGAAAUAGUAGAUCACACCUGUAAGAUAUCAACUUACAACGAUUACCUUAUGAAUUAUAAACCGAUUCAGCGGAUCUUAAGGAACACUCUUCAAGAAUUACUGGAUAUGACAAAAAUAGAUAUUAUGAAAGUUAUCGAAGAAUAUCCGCAACUAAAGAAGAGAUCUAGGGCAGAUAUUCUGAACAAUUAUUACAAUCUGAUUAAGGCUGGCAUACAUAAAGAUACUAUCAUAAACAACAUCUGGUUACUGACACAUGAACACAAUAAAUUAACAGAUAAGCUUGAUUGUGUCAAAGUUUUAAAUUUAGAUAAUAACCAGCUUGUACCAUGGCUAUGCUUGACUCAAGGGGAACUGGCAAAUUAUGUACUUUAUACUCAAGAGAAUAUGGAGUCUUACACUUAUAACAGACUGGAAUAUCUUUCUCACAAAUUAGAGUGUAGCAUACAACAAUUAUGUGAAAUAACAGUACCGAAUUCAUUCUUAUUAAAAAUACCAAUUUCUUCUAUAGACAAAAAAUUAAACAUAUUGAAUGAAUAUAAUAUACAAAAUAAAGAUAUAUUAAAAGACAUAUGGGUACUUCGAUACAGUGAAAAUCAUAUACGCCAUAGAUGUGAGUUAUAUAAAGAUACAGGAAGAUUAAAGAUAAAAACAUGGGCUAUACGAUGUUCGCUGCAAGUUAUAUCAAGAGCUAUUAAAAAAAAUAAGGUGGAACGUAGCUUAAUGCAACAUUAUGGAAAUGUUAGUGAAUAUUUACAAAACAAAUUGAAAGUCGAUGAUGAAAUACUCAAUUCAGUGGUCCAGAAAAUACCAAGUAUUUUACGGGUGAAUAUAGCAAAAUUGGAUCAGUUAAUCAAUAUACUACAUCAGAAUAGUAUUACUAGCGAUGAAAUAUUACGGUAUCCACGAAUCUUUUAUUUUAAUACAGAUACCAUACAGAAUCGAAUUGCGAUUUUAAAGAAAACAGAUCUUGUUCCAAAACUUACUGUGCUCAUACAAUCUGAGCGAAUCUUUGAUCAGUAUAUAGAAAUAAAUAAUGAACGGCAGAAAUUAUUGCAAGAACAUGGAAGCGUUAAAAAUUACUUAAACAACGUAUUAAAUGUGAAGGAAAAGCUUCUUGAAGAAGCAAUUACAAAAUAUCCAUCUAUUUUACGAGUGAAAUUAAAAAAAUUGAUGGAAUUGAUCGAUUUGUUGCAACAAAGUGGUAUAACGGGUGAUGACGUAGUAAGUCAUCCAAAAAUUUUUUAUUUUAAUGUUGAAACGUUGCGUAAGCGAAUAGCAAUGUUGAAAGAAAACGGUAUACCGCCAAGAAUCACUUUAUUAAUAUGUAAGCAAAGAAUCAUAGAUCGAUAUGUAAAACACAGAUCACACAAUUCAAAAAAUACUAUUAAAAAAAAUAAGGUGGAACGUAGCUUAAUGCAACAUUAUGGAAAUGUUAGUGAAUAUUUACAAAACAAAUUGAAAGUCGAUGAUGAAAUACUCAAUUCAGUGGUCCAGAAAAUACCAAGUAUUUUACGGGUGAAUAUAGCAAAAUUGGAUCAGUUAAUCAAUAUACUACAUCAGAAUAGUAUUACUAGCGAUGAAAUAUUACGGUAUCCACGAAUCUUUUAUUUUAAUACAGAUACCAUACAGAAUCGAAUUGCGAUUUUAAAGAAAACAGAUCUUGUUCCAAAACUUACUGUGCUCAUACAAUCUGAGCGAAUCUUUGAUCAGUAUAUAGAAAUAAAUAAUGAACGGCAGAAAUUAUUGCAAGAACAUGGAAGCGUUAAAAAUUACUUAAACAACGUAUUAAAUGUGAAGGAAAAGCUUCUUGAAGAAGCAAUUACAAAAUAUCCAUCUAUUUUACGAGUGAAAUUAAAAAAAUUGAUGGAAUUGAUCGAUUUGUUGCAACAAAGUGGUAUAACGGGUGAUGACGUAGUAAGUCAUCCAAAAAUUUUUUAUUUUAAUGUUGAAACGUUGCGUAAGCGAAUAGCAAUGUUGAAAGAAAACGGUAUACCGCCAAGAAUCACUUUAUUAAUAUGUAAGCAAAGAAUCAUAGAUCGAUAUGUAAAACACAGAUCACACAAUUCAAAAAAUAUGGUUUGGAAUAUUCCUUAUAAAUAG